GUGUAUAUACCAUACUUUGAUUUUUCUUAGGUUUUUUCCUGAAUUAUGCAUUGCAUUUUGUGUUUUCAGGUUACAACUUAACGGAUAAUGUCCCGGCAGAGAAUUGCAAAUACCUUUUCCAUUUUUCUGCAUAUUUUUUAGCUGAUCAACAGGUAAAAACUAAAAACAAGGUUUUAUCAUAACUUUUAUUAUUGAGAAAUUGCAACUAUCAUGUGAUAUGUGUAGUGCUAGAUACCUCUGGUGUCCUCUUUUAGAGGGAAAAUGUGUCUUUCUUGAGUCACAGUUGCUAAAUGUUGCCAAAAAAUUGGUGCCUUUUGAAGAAAAAGUUGCUAGUGUAGUCAGACAAUUUGCUAAAAGGCCAUGUGCUAUUAUUUAUAGAAACUUAUAGUGCCACAUAAAUCAGAAAUUAGUUCAUACUUUGUGCCUAAAUCACUGAUUCAACAAGACCAAGCUAAUGAAUGAAUGUGAUUUAAUUUUCUUAAGCACAGACAUUCUGCUUGUCAUUAAACACACACACACAGAGUCUCAGUGUGUAGCAUAAUAAGAGUCACAAGUGCUGAAGCAGCUCAAACUGAGCAAUUGUCCUUUCUAGUUUCUUUCCAUCCCGACCAGAGAGAAGUGAAGCAGCAGGAGUAAAUAUGCAUGUUUUGGGUCUGUUUAUGGUGGCGUCUGUGUUCCUCAGCACUCGAUCUGCUUCAGAUGAUCAGAUGGAGCUAGCAGCUUUACUGCGCAGCGUCUCUUCAGCAGCACUGAUCCGAGAUCAGCCGCUCACAGACCCACAGACAGCUGCUGCUGGACCCAAGCUGCUGACUAAAGAUGGGCUCAUCCAGGGCCUAACACUGGACAAGUCUUAUGUGUUUUAUGGGAUCCCAUUCGCCGAUCCUCCUGUGGCAGCAUCCCGCUGGAAACCGCCCCGUCCUGUCACGCCAUGGAGAGGGGUGUAUGAUGCAACUUAUCCCCGAGCAGCGUGCAUGCAGGCCUGCAUUGGACCCAUUGCAGACGAGUGUCCCAAGAAGGUGGGUGAGGACUGUCUGUACCUGAACGUCUUUGUUCCUCUGAGUGUGAAUCUGGAGGCUCCGCUGCUAAAGCCGCUGCCGGUGAUGGUGUGGAUCCACGGCGGGGAUUUCAUUGCAGGCUCCGCAUCCAAACAGCUCUACGAUGGCCGAUACAUCAGCAACUUCACGCAGACGCUGGUCGUGAGCGUCGCCUACCGUCUGGGCGCGUUUGGCUUUCUAGUGUCAGGAAAAGACCCACAGACUUCCGCCGCAGGGAAUUAUGGGAUUCUGGAUCAGCAGGCGGCGCUGCUCUGGGUUCAGCAGAACAUUGCGGUGUUUGGAGGAGACCCAAGCAGGGUGACUCUGUUCGGCGAGAGCGCUGGAGCUCAGUCGGUCAGUCUUCAUCUGAUGAUCCAGAGCAGUAAACCUCUCUUCAAACAGGCCGUCUUCCAGAGUUUACCCUUCUCCAUUCCUCUGAAAACACGGCACGAGUCUCUGAAGCUCGGGAAGAACUUCGCUAAAUCAGCAAACUGCUCAGUUCUGGACCUGAUGUGUCUUCAGUCUCUGAGUCCUCAGGAGGUGCUGAACGCACAGAUCAAAUCCAGCUCGAAGGUGGUGAACCCCUUCCGCUUUCUGGAGCAGUUUGAGAGCUGGGGGCCGUAUGUGGACGGAGAGCUGAUCAGAGAGCAGGCGGUCAGUGCCUUCCUGAAGGGACACUGGCAGAAGGACAAGCCCGUGCUGCUCGGGACCACCUCAGAAGAAGGAGUGAUCUUUGUGUACGGCGUCUUCAUGAAGCCUGUGUCAGCGGUCGAGUGCACCAUCUACACCACGGCCAUCUUCAAACAACACGCCAUCAAAAUCCUGCGCAAGUACCUGCCGCUGUACAGCGAUGCGGACCGCAGGGACAUGCUGGCACAGAUUGUGACUGACUACAUCUUCCUGUGUCCGUCGCGGAGGUCGGCUCGCGCCGGCGUGGCGUCCGGGAGCUCGGUGUGGAUGUACGUGUUCGAUCACGUGGCGAGCGAUCCUAGCGUGUGGUCGGGUGUGACGUUCUGUUACCGUCACGUGUGUCACGGCGCCGAGCUGCCGUUCGUGUUCGACUCGGCGCCGGUGGCGAACCUCAGCAUGACUCCGGCGGAGCGGCUGCUGUCCAAUCGGAUGCUGUGUUACUGGGGAGCGUUCGCUCACACCGGUGACCCCGGGUCUCACGCCGAGUCCAGCGCGUUCUGCAGACAGCAGCGUCCGCCAGCGUGGCCACGCUACACGGCUAACAGCGGCUGGCUAAUCAUGAACCUCACGCUGCAUUCUCACGCGCAGAGCGGAGCGCGCGAAGACAUCUGCGACUUCUGGGACACGCUGGGAAUCUAUCCAUAAAAAAACUGGUUAAAGGGAUAGUUCAGCCAAAAAGGAGAAUUCUGUCAUUAAUUAAUCACCCUCAUGUCAUUCAAAUCACCCUCAUGUCAUUCAAAUAUAAAAAUAACAAUAUUAGUAUACUAAUAUUAGUCAGUGUAAUAUCGUCUGUUAUUGUUAUCUUUAUAGUUAUUGUGCUUGGUGUUGAACGGGUCUCAAGAUCUUCGUUCGUCUCGGGAACAUGAAUUUUCGAUGAAAUCCGGGAGCUCUCUGACGCUCAUAGACAGCAAGGGUCCCUGAUCGUGUAAGGAUUCGGGUCACAGAGCUCUCGGAUUUCAUCGAAAAUUUGUGUUUCCGAGACGAACGAAGAUCUUACGGGUUUGGAACGACACAAGGGUGAGUAGUUAAUGACAGAAUUUGUAUUUUUGUGUGAACUGUGCCUUUAAGGCUAGAAGGGAUACAGAUGUGGUUACUGGGCAAGCACACAUCAAUAUAGUGUAAUUUGUCACUGUACAACAAUAAUCACUAUUUUUGAAUUAUUGUAAGGGGUAGGUUUAGGGUUGGGGUAGGUGUAGACGUUAAUAAAACACAAUCUAAUAACUUGAAAAAUUACACUUCAUUGUUAGUUUGCGGUCAGAGCUGUAUCCCUUCUUGCCACAACCAGAAAAACACGAGCGCUCACACAUAUCUCAUCUGUUUCUCAUGGACUAACUGUACAGUCAAACCAAAAUUUAUUCAGACACCUUCAACUUUUCUCACGUUAUCACGGUUUAUUAAAAGGUGAUACAACAAGAGCUCCGUGUGUCAGAGCAAAUUCAUCUUGAUAAUGUCAGAUAAUUUUGAUAGAAAGGUAUGUAAUGAAUUCAGUUCAGCUGCAUUUAAGUAAACAAUUAGAUAAUACCAAUUUAGUCAAACUAAUUACCAAGCAAUGUUUCAUUUUGUUCAGUCUAUGGUGUAAAAAGGUUGCAUUAGCAAUUAAAUAAAAAACACUUAAGCAAAACAUGGUCAGGUGAAAGUGUCUGAAUAAUUUUUGGUCCCAGAUUUUUAUCAGUUUUACUGAAGAUUUUUUUCUCUACAAUUUUUCCUGCAACCAUUAGUAAAAAUAAAAUAUAUAUAAAAAUGAUAUCUGGUGUCUGAAUAAUUUUUGGUUUGACUGUAUUGGUGUAUUGUUUUUUUUAGUGCAAAUACCUAAACAUUUAUUGUGCUGUAAAAGAUUAAUCGCAUCCAAAAUAAGAGUUUUUAUUUAAAUACUAUGUGUGUGUAUACUUUGUAUAUUUAUUAUUUAUAAAUUCAAAAAAAUAAAAUAUUUACAUGCAUAUAUUUAUAUAAUGUAUAUUAUAUAUAAAUAUAUUUAAUAACCAUAACAUUUUACGUGCAUGUGUGUAUUUAUAUAUAUAUAUACACUACUGUACAAUAAUACAGUAAGAUAAGUAUUAUAUGUUUUUUUUUAAGAAUUUUCUUCUGCUCACCAAGCCUGAUUUGAUCCAAAACAAAGCAAAAGCUGUAAUACUGUGAAACAUUUUUACUAUUUAAACUACAUGCUUUCUAUUUGAAUAUGUUUUAAAAUAUAAUUUAUUCCUGUGGUCAAAGUUGAAUUUUCAGCAUCAUUACAAGGCAAUCUUUGACAUUGUACAUAAUAAAUAUACACAGUACACACACACUUAUUAUGUAAACAAAAACUUUUAUUUUGGAUGCGAUUAAUGAUUAGACAGCAAUAAUUCUUAAAUGAACGUAUAUUGAAUUAAGAAGAUAAAUGACUACAUACUUGUUAUAAAUGUUACAAUCUAUGUUGCAUUGAAUGAAUCUAUGUUUUCUGAAAUAUUAAUCAAUAUCUAGAGUAAGCCAGAUCAACUUUGUUUUUUACCUUUAAGUUAAGUUUAUUUUUACAGAGUACAGAGAUUUGUUCUUGUUGUAAGUUUAGACAUAAAAUGAGUUUGCCUGCUGAUCUGAAUG